UGCACAGAGAGAGGUGGGAGCUGCCUAGUGGCUGCACAGAAGGGUUACAGCUCCCAGCACGCACCGCGCUGCUUGAAUAACAUCUAAUGAGUGACUGGUAAUACGGAGCUCGGGGCUGACAUCUCGCACCGUGUGACUCUCAGCAGCUCCGAGUCGCCUGUCUGAUCCGUCUCAGUCGGAGUCGCUCAGUCCUGCGGGUCGGGGAGCAGUCUGGGAGCCCCAGUCCUGCGGGGCAGACGCAUUGCGCGGGGAAACAUCGCAGUUGCAGAAAGUAGCAGCGUCUACAAGUUGUACGGAAUCAAAUUGCCAACGAUCCGGGACCAGAGGCACCAUGCUCCUCGAGCUGCUCUUAACCCUUGGUGUGGCGGCGCUGCUCUACCACUUCAUCUUUAGAAAGAAGAAUGAGACUUUAGAGAUGGGUGACGGGUGGUGGGGCCCUGGCCUGCGACCAGACAACGAGGAUGAAGAAAUCCACCCAUUCAAGAUUGAAACCACGGAUGAAGAGUUAAAAGAUUUAUUUGAUCGCAUUGAACAUACCCGAUACACAGAGCCGCUGGAAGGCAGCCGCUUUAAUUAUGGCUUCAACUCCACCCAUCUCAGGAAGGUGGUUGACUAUUGGAGAAAUAGCUUUAGCUGGAGGAAACAACUGGAUAUUCUCAACCAGUUUCCACAUUUCAAAACCAAAAUUGAAGGGCUUGACAUCCACUUUGUUCACGUGAAGCCUCCUCACCUGCCCGAGGGUCGUACUCCCAUCCCCAUUAUAAUGGUUCAUGGCUGGCCGGGAUCUUUCUAUGAGUUCUACAAGAUUAUCCCAUUACUGACGGAUCCAGGGAGCCACGGGCUGGACACUGAGUACAUCUUUGAGGUCAUCUGCCCUUCCAUUCCUGGCUACAGCUUCUCGGAGGCAUCCCACAAACAAGGAUGUGAAUCGGUGGCAGUUGCCCGUAUCUUCUACAAAUUGAUGCGAAGACUCGGCUUCCGGGAGUUCUACGCACAGGGAGGAGACUGGGGAUCCUUGAUCUGCACAAACCUUGCUCAGAUCGCUCCAAACCAGGUGAAGGGACUGCACAUAAAUAUGGCUGCAGCUUUCCCCACAAAACUUCCCCAAAUCUUGUCGGUUGUUCUGGGCCAGCGAUUCCCGGGAUUGUUUGGGCUCCAAGACGAAGAUGUUCGGAGGCUGUUCCCCUUCUUUAAAAAGGUUGUGUCCCAUGUAAUGAAGGAGAGCGGCUACAUGCACCUCCAGGCCACCAAGCCUGACACCGCAGGCUGUGGCCUAAAUAACUCCCCAGUUGGACUUGCUGCCUACAUCCUGGAGAAGUUCUCUACAUGGACCGACCCAGACUUCCGGGAUCAUGAAGAUGGAGGACUUGAGAGGAAGUUCUCAUUGGAUGACCUACUGACCAACGUCAUGAUCUACUGGCUGUCGGGCUCCAUUGUUUCCUCUAUGAGAUUCUACAAGGAGGUAAUUGGCAAGGGCGUCGGAACAGCCAAACAUGACAAGGUGCCAGUGACAGUUCCCACAGGCAUCGCCUCCUUCCCCAAUGAGCUGGUGCACUGCCCUCCCUUCUGGGCCAAGCAGAAAUACCUCAGUAUUGUCUCCUUUAAUUACAUGCCCAGGGGCGGCCAUUUUGCAGCCUUUGAGGAGCCGGAACUUCUGGCUAAGGACAUCCAGCAGUUUGUAGGGAAAGUGCAGCGGAAAUAGGUCUGAUGUGUAUAUAGCCCAUUCUGAGAAGCAGUGGGUCCAUGUUCUGAUAGUAGAGACAAUCACAGCUUUAUAGAAUGUAACUAGGCCUGAUCCAAUAAAUUACCCUUAGGGCUUCUCUAUUUUCUACAGCUGAAAUUGAUACUUGCUCUGUACUGCCAUGCUUUCUCAUGUUAAUGACUCUGUAUUGAUACUUGCUUACUGCAUGCACUACUCACAGUUCCAGACCCGCCCCCUGACACCAGCUUGCUUUACUAUAUGCACUACUCACAGUUACAGCCCUGUCGUCUGACACCAGCUUGCUUUACUAUAUGCACUACUCACAGUUACAGCCCUGUCGUCUGACACCAGCUUGCUUUACUAUAUGCACUACUCACAGUUACAGCGCUGACACCAGCUUGCCUUACUACAUGCACUACUCACAGUUGCAGCCCUGCACACUUGCCUUACUACAUGCACUACUCACAGUAACAGCCCUGCCCCCUGACACCAGCUUGCCUUACUACAUGCACUACUCACAGUAACAGCCCUGCACACUUGCCUUACUACAUGCACUACUCACAGUAACAGCCCUGCCCCCUGACACCAGCUUGCCUUACUACAUGCACUACUCACAGUUACAGCGCUGACACCAGCUUGCCUUACUACAUGCACUACUCACAGUUGCAGCCCUGCACACUUGCCUUACUACAUGCACUACUCACAGUAACAGCCCUGCCCCCUGACACCAGCUUGCCUUACUACAUGCACUACUCACAGUUACAGACCCACCCCCUGACACCAGCUUGCCUUACUACAUUCACUACUCACAGUCCCGUACCGACACCAGCUUGUUGUACAGGCCUCCCCCCCUCCACUGCAGUACUUCCUAGAAGAAAUUAAAAAGCCCUUGUGCCCCCCAAGACAUCACAAAUGGAAUCAUUAAGGUGCAAAAUUGAUGUUAGAGGAAAGGGCCCCUAGAUCCCUUCUGUGAUGUCACUGGGCUUUGUGUCUGGUUGAACCGAGGGACCAACUCACAAUUCCAAGUCUGCACCAAAGUUCAGUGCAACUCUGCACAUUCCAGUGACUAAUGAGCAAUUAGUAUUUUCUGUAGAGAGUUCCUUGUUGCUCCGUGUGCAUCUCUCAUAAUGAAAUAAAGGUUUGUAUUGACAGCAA